GAAAGCUAUUGCAAAGGAUGCACAAGAGCAACUGGCACCCCGAAGCUGCGAAUCCUUGGCGCUACGGUCUAGCUGCAAACCUCAAAUUCGCACUCAUAGAGUUGGCACAAGUUGGCAGAUACGAUUCGUUGAUCGUUCUAGAACUGGAUAUGGUCAUCUUCAAUCCAUUGAGAAUGCUGUAUUUUUUGUGCCAUGUUUCGGAUACGAGGACUUCUACGUCGAGAAGGUUCUCGUCUACAGCGCAGCAGCAGUAUCUUGAUAGAAGUACUCCUACUCCAGAAACAACAGCAAGAACGACUUCCGUCUCACGAGAAGGUCUUUUUCUACGACAAGCACAGGCUGAAGACGUUUCUCAGGAUUCCGUGUUUUUCACCAACGGAGACUUCCACUUUGUGCAUGAAGGCUUCAUGAUUUUCACGAAGAUUCAGGACAAAAGAACAGGAUCAGCUCCAGCAGGCAACGUCCUAGACAAAUACACACCAACGGAGAAAGAGUCUUUGUUUCUGCAGGUAGGAGAUCGAGAUGGAGACGACGUUGAGGCUGUUGAAGAUGUUGAAGAGGCGGCACACACGCCAAAGACUGAGAAAAGAGACUUCUCAAACGGAAACGUCCAACUAAGCCAACGCGGGAAAGAGGAACUGAGCGUCUUCGAGCAAAUUUUGUUGUUGACAGAAUACAUGCCAGUGACACAGACAAGCAUCAAUGGCGAUCCGGCGACGGCGAGGACGGACUUUCAUCAUGGUUAAGGACUGGCAGUUUUUGUUUCUGGUUUUGGAUUUUUCGCUGAAUCACGGCAAAUCGAAGUCAUACAAAGAGGAACUAGCACAAGCAAUCUCUACAUAUAUUAUAAAGAGGAUGGUCAUUAUCCUACUUCCCUGAAAAGAAUAAUGUAGAGACUGCUUGUGGUAGUUCCUUUUCGUGAGAAUUCGAUUUGAUGUAAUUGGAAAUGAACAAGGAGCUCAUCCCCGCUAGAUCGCGGGGAAAUGAAAAGCAAUCUCUAGAAGUACAUCGUUUUAUUAUCAGAGAAAUAGGAUAAUGACCAUCCUCUAGCUCUAGUACAUUGUUUUAUUAUCAGAAAAAUAGGAUGAUGACCAUCCUCUAGCUCUCGACUAUGUAUACCCCUAAUAAAUCCGACAUUACUACGCUGAGAAUGGUCUCGGAGCCGGGAUGUUUUACUACUUCUUUCAGAAACUCAAACUGCUCAAGCCUCACGUCUUAGACCGCUGCGAUUGGAAUUACUACCUAGAGUUGCAGUUUAGGUCGAAAGGUCGAAACGUUGGAGGCGAAGAUGUGCAUGAGAUCAUGUUUGGUGGUGAUGGUCGUGGUGAAGAAGGUGCUAGUGCUAGUACUCCCCCGUCUACCUCCUCUUCGACAACGUCACACGAAAAACAUGAUGCGCUUUCUCAGGAUGAACAAGAUGAAACUCUGGGCACAGCGUCUUCCGUGUUGUCAUGGUAUAGCACACUUCUGCACAGUGUAGAUCGAGAUCCGGAGAUUGAGCAAUUGAAAUAUCUGCUUCUAGAAUUGGCCGGUGCCGGACAUGAAGAAAACGACGACAAAGCAGGUGGCCGUGGCACCCAAGACGGCGCUUCCUCUACUGAUCACAAAAGCUGGCUUCGAUUACUGGACAUGCUCGAGUGGUCUGAGUUACCGCGGCUUGGCGUUCGCAUAGCCCCAGUUUUGCGACAGAAUCUUGGCGAGAGGCAUCAGUUUUACACUGAUCUUACACAGAGCAAAAACGGGACCCACGCCUAUGAAGCCGUGAGCAAUACUCUGCUGUUGCUCAAGGAUCGUCUUCGGCAUCUCUUGAAUCGCUCUUCCUCGUCCAAACUCGCCCUUUUCCCAUCCCGCUUGCAGCCACGUUGGUGCCGUAGCGCGUCGCUGAUGGGGCAAACCCCAGGCCCAAACGGCACACCUACUUAUGCCUUGUGUCUUCAGUGGCCUGUUGAGGUAGCUGAGUAUGGUGAGGCUCGAGUCGACCGAUGUACGCUGGAUCGUGGGCCACCCACUGUGGUGCACAAACUUGACAGGGACAUCAUGCUCCAAGUGGAUUCCUUGCAGGAAAGAUUGCCAAGGUGUGACGCUGAGGGGGUUUAUUGAUAAUCAUUAGUUGUUGAUUUUUAUUUUUUCUACGCCGCACAUGCAUCUCGACGUAGAGGACCACGUCAUUGAUUUUUAUUUUUUCGCGUCAAACACAAACACAUACAAAUUCAACGAUUGCGAACACGCAACAACACCAAAUUCAAUCGCUAUUGACCAGUACCUGCAUGAUUUGGAAAAUGUCGUGAUAUGCACGCAGCCGCGCGCCCAUUCUGUUGAGUAGUUAAUACAAGCUUGCUCUAUGGAUGGAAACGUGCUUGGAUGAGACGACUUGGCGAUCCGUGCCACUUCCGUGCCGCGUCGGAAGGAGCCAAAAUAUGUUCGUGUAAAAGAUGCACAUCAUGAGUUGUUGAUAUUUCGCUCUAAAAACGAACCGGUGAAAUUAGAUGUCAAAACGAGCGUCUCGCGCUUCUUCUUGGCUAUUGCUUACAUUUUGGCUCAAUACGCGAUGAUGAUGAUGAUGAUGAUGAUGGUGGUGAGUUCCUCUCGUGAGUCGUAACGUAUUGCUCUUUCUAGCGCGUUGGAGGUGGCUCUCUAGUAUCGCUUAUCAUAAGUAGGUACGAAUACGAAAAUUCUAAUGAAUUCGGACUCUCUGCUACUAUCGUCCGUGGUAGCCAUAAUACAUAUCCACGUAAGAAGAACAAGGUCGUUCUAUACGUGAAUAAACAGAUGAAAAGAUUUGUUUAUGUAAAAAGGCAGUAGUUUUCAUGCCUGGAUUCGUUGACAGCGCGCACCGUUUCUAACCAUUCAUGUUACGGACCGCAUGGGCUGGAGGUCAGUCGUUGGCGCCUUGUUUGUGUUGUUUCUUGUUUGUUUGGUUGUUCGUCGUGGCCUUGUGCGCGUUUCCUUUCUCUCCAAUCAAACCAGGGCUAGGAAGGGUUAGUGGGUACUUGAUGGUUUAUUCUUGACUUGAUCAUCUAGCACAGAAUGGAGUAGCGGCUGCGUCUGCAGUAAACAACUCAACACUUAUGUAAAGGUAUACUUCUCCAAAAGAAUGAUUGUAAAUUUUAUCAUGUGGAGCUGGAGGUCGUGUAGAACGAAGAACUUACUGCGUUCGAGCUGAUCUGCGUCAUUUAAAAACAUGAAUAUGUUGGAUCGUGAAGAUUCUCAAGUAGAGGGAGAGCCUUCAUCGUUGGGACAAAUGGCGAAGCAGAGGAGUGGGAGGCUGCGUUACAGAAGCGUUUGUAGACUGUGAAAUGCCAGCGUUGUGGUGAAAACAGGGUGACGCUAGAAUUAUUGCGAGGAAGACCAUAUCAGCCUUUCGUCGAAUGGAGCGAAAUUCGAAGCAAAGAACUAGGCUGGAAUUAUUGUUAUCGCUGUCCGGCUGCACACGUGAUGGUCGUGACGCAUGUGCAGAUUGCUCCAACAAGCAGGGUGGUGGAAACAAGAAGUAGUGGAAUCCUUCUUGAUUGCUUGGGGUUGGAGAACCAUCAGCAUGUGCGACCCCUGUUGGUUCCCCAGUUAUUAGGAGAUGAUACAACUCCAACUCCUGCUCUACUUUUUCUAGGCUUGUUGUUCCCUAAAAAUUGUAUCGUAAAAAACCUCUUGCCAACGUAGGUAUGUUUCCCCAUAAUAUUAAGUAGUCGUUCAUUCACCUAGUACAUGUACAGAGCGUUUUCAUUUCCGUUGUUCCUUCCUUAUAAAAAGCACCACGCAAGACUUCUUCAAUCAGGACCAAUAUUGACUUUUUUAUUUUUUUAUUUCAUCGAUCGCGAUCCAAGGCCAGCCAUUUAUCAAUCUGGUUACAUCUAUGUCGGAAUCGGAUCGAUCAUGACAAUCAGUGAG